AUGCUGGGUCCACGCCAAGCUACUUCCGCCCCGCGCGACUCCACUGCCUCUUCCGUGGCCUCGCGGCCACCACCACCAACACCAUCCAUCUUCCCCGACAGCAUCUGCCCAAAUCGACGCGUAAUUGCCAACCUGGAGCUGGAGAUUGCGCGCUAUCGUGCGCUUGUCGCCCGUGGCAUCGUUCCCAAAGGUAAAAGCACCUUGCUAUAG